AUGGAUAUUAUGCUGUAUCGUAUGGAUAUUAUGCUGAAGGAUUUAUAUCUUGAUAAUACAAGUUUAUAUUACAAAAAGAGGGUGGUAAUGGAAGAUAAGGGAGUUGGGAUACUAAUAUCUGCCAUCAGCUUAUCCAUCUUCUCCUAUUAUAUCUUCUGGGUCAUCAUUCUGCCAUUUGUGGAUGAGGAUCACUUUAUACACAAGUACUUCCUGCCCCAAGAGUUUGCUAUAUUGAUUCCAUUGCUUGGUGGUGCUGCGCUCCUCAGCUUCUUGUGCCUUUUUAUUGGAUUCGUAAUGCUUAAAUCGAAGUAUCAGACAUCUUGAUGCAGGUUACAUUCUUUAUUUCACUCCAAAGUUUUUCAUUUUUACGCCCCUUGUAAAAUUCUUGACUGGAACUUUAAGGAGUCUCAAAUUCCUGCAGGAGAUGGGGAAAUGGGGCUACUAACUAAAACUUAACUUUCAUUCUAUAUGUAUGGUUACUAAAACCAUCAAGGUUAUGUGGAAACCAUUUUUGCUAAAUGUCAAAGCAACAUCACGAGUAUAAUGUUUGUUUGACUUCUGUUGGUCAUAUAUGAUAAGCUAGAAUCUUAUUUCAAUGACAAGAAUGGUCCUAGUGCUCUAUAACUUGGUUUUGGAAUAUUUUGAUGGUUUUCUUUUUUUCGAAAGAAAAUGAGUCCGAUGUAACACUGUUCUACACUGAGACCAGCGCAACACUUAUUAAGCACAUAAAUGACUUGGGUUUGGAUGCAAUUUAAAGAGACCUAGUCAAAGGGUUUGCCUGUGAGCUUUCAAAUCUAUGAGUGGGUAGCCCUUAAUUUUACAUAUCCAAAUAAAGCCUCACAAGCUGAAUUUACUUCAUUAUCUUUUUCUCUAUAUGACAAUUUAUAAAAGUGCUUUCUUUACGAUGUGUAAUUGUUUUCUUGGAGAAUUUUCAGAGGGUUUGUUGAAUUUAAGUAUCUCAGUGUGCAUAUAUUCUCAACCUAGUGUGUCAUUGUACAUUGUUUCUUUUAGAACAUUUGAUUCCUUUCUUGAUAAUUGAUUAUUUACUGUUCAUGGCCUACUUUCUUCUCAUAUGUAACAUAAUAAGAAAUUGGAUCCUAACCAAGCUCUCCUGUAUUUUCUUUACAAUAGUUGAUCAGUUUUUAACUCAAAAAAGUGGUACUUGAUUUUGUUGCAUCAUUAGUCAUUGAUGGGGAAAACUUGACUUCUAUUACACUGUAACUUAAGGCUACAGAUUGUCCUGAUGAGGAAGGGAUCAAAAAACAGAUAAUAAGGACAACAGAAUUGGAGGGGCUGCCCGAAUUUGUACUUGGAUGAACACUAACAACUGAUUUUCAAAUCAAUUACAUUAAAAAAUAACAUUUUGAUAUGAGCUACCUUCAUUGGCUCUGAAUUUUUUUGGUCUAUAACUGAGAAUCAGCAAAUUGAAAUGACAAAUUGCACUCCACAGUAAAGUUUUUAAGCCGCAGAUGGAGUUAGGCUAUGUUACCUAGACCCUUCAUUUUGGUCUGUUUAGUAAAGAACCUGCACCUGACACUUAAGCACAUGUAUUGGUUUGACACUUGGAUACGGGCUCUAUGAGAACAAAUUUUUAGAUAUUGAAAGGAUUGGAUGCUUAGACAUGCACCUGCACCUGCAACUCGAGUCUAUGUAGCAUAGGAGUUAGAUCAACUGAGACAUAAAAGUUUAGUAGAGAAAUGGCAGGAAGAUAAAGAGCAGAUGAGAAUUUCAUCA